AUGUAUUUGGAAUACCUUCAACCAAAAUUUAACGUAAUGGAUGAAUCGAACACCAGAAAGAAAAGUUUCCCCGGUUACUCACCGAACCUAACCACUCCCAUUACUUCAAACUUCAAUGAAGAAACGGGUUCCGAUUACUCUUUGAUUACCCCAAGGAGAAUUUCCGGCUCGAAUUCAAAUUCAAACUCGAACUCGAACUCGGGUUCCAUUGAUGAAAACGAGCCAACUCAUUCUAAUUCAUCUUCCUCUUCAGCAAGACAGAUUAGAAAAAAAUGGAAAGAGCCUGAAGACAUAGCGUUCAUUACUACAAUAAUGAAUAACUCUCAGCUAUUGACAUUCGUAGAGUAUUUUAAGCCAAUGAAAAACUUUUGGAAAAAGAUCUCAAAGAUCUUAUUUCAACAGUAUGGAUAUGAAAGAAACUCCCGCCAGUGUCAUGACAGGUUUAAGGUCUUAUACUCAAAAUCUUUAAAAGUACAUCCUUCAAAGAAAAUAAAACAGAAGAAGAAGAAAUCAAAACAAGAGACAGACUCGAACUUCAACAUCGACGCGCCGAAAUUAUCAAGAAUGCAGUUUUUACUACUACAGUUACAAAACACCUUUAGCUUUGUGAAUGGAAACAUCAUCCUCAAAUCGCAAAAAACUUUGAGGCCAGCCAAAAAUACUACCAACGACAACAAUAACAAUGUUAAUAAUAAUAGAAAUAAUCAUAUUAAUAAUAAUAAUAAUAAUAACAUUAAUAAUAAUAAUAAUAAUAAUAGUACUAAUGUUUUAAGUACGCCAGAGCACAUUCGGUCCAGCAUGAAUAUUGAUAAGCUAGAAUCUGUACCAGAUUUAGAUGCUAAAGUAGAACCCUCAUUCAUCAGUCCUAUUCAAUUUUCGUUAUUGUCAUCAGCACCAACUGACAAUUUGAUUCUGCAAACUCCUCCAUCGCCUUUCUUUCAGCAAACAAUGCCUUUACAACUACCGCGGGAUCCACAACAACAAGAACAAAUAUCUUCAGUGCUCACUACGGAUAUGAUCUACAUGUGGCAGACGAUGUUCAAUACUAUUGAAAAUUUAAAAGAACAAGUUAACGAUUUGAAAAACGAAGUAAAGCAACUAAACCGUAAGUUUUAUCAACAAAAUAAACCGCUACAAAAUUUUUCAACGUCGAAUUCAGACUCCUUUAUGCAACAACACUAA